AUGUCGAUGUGGACUUGGACCAACAUGAGGGGCACAGGUACGUGUAUAGACUUCAGACCGGACAAUGAAAGCGAGCUCCUCGUGGGAAUCGACACAGGCCUGGUUAUCCAGUGUUCCGUGUCCUGUUCCUCACACACUUUUAUACGUUACCCAGCCCACUCUGCGCCCGUGAGAGAUGUGGGAUGGAACAAGUAUUACUACAAGAUCUUCAUCUCUUGUUCCGUAGAUUGGUCGGUUAAAGUCUGGCUCCAGGAUAAUACGACGCCCCUUAUCACCUUGGACAUGGGGGGCUCCGUGGCCGCCGCCAGCUGGUCAGCCUUCAGCAGCAGCGUCUUCGUAGCGGUGACAGACGAAGGCCGGAUAUACGUGUACGACCUCCACGUCAGGCAGUCACGACCACUGUGCGUUCAGAGUGUGAUGCAGAAGCGGCGUGUGGUGAUGACGAGCCUCUCCUUUAACACGUAUCACCCGAUCAUCCUCAUCGGCGGCGAAAAUGUUCCAAUUACCGUUUUCAAACCUGUGUCCAAAAUGGCUUUCAAAAAUCAAACUAGUAAGCACCCUGUCUCACUCUACCCCAGAGGCCACCUGAUAUCACUCAAGCUCUCGCCAAAUCUGCGUCAGGUAAACAAGGACCCGCGGGACAUGGAGGAAAUGACGCACAAAGAAGUGGAAGUGUGCAAGAUGGAGAGACUCAUCGCCGUAAACAAGGGGUAG